AUGGAAUCUUUUGGCGAUAUCCUGUCAAAUCUCGAGCCAGAAGUGGAAGACGCUGAAGAAGAAACGUUCAUGCUCUACUCCCAGUCUAUCCCUUCUAUGAGUCUCGGCUUCGUUGAUGCUCAUGCCUCUUCGGUUGACGUCUCGGUUGGUGACCGGGACUACACUAUUUACCAGUCUCCCACUGUCCUUUCCUCUUCACGAUCGGGCGGCACAACUGGCGCCAUCAUAUGGAAGAUAGCUCCUAGCUUCGCCACGUGGCUCGCCUCUCCCUCUAACCCAAUCCUCACCACUUCUAUCCUUACAAGGGCCUCUGUCCUCGAGCUUGGCUGUGGUAUCUCCCCCCUGAGUGCCCUAGCCCUCGGUCCACGCGUAGCUCGAUACGUGCUGACCGAUCAGUCUUACGUCCAGCGCCUCGUCCAGCGUAAUCUCGACGAGAACGUUCCUCUGGCGUUUCGUUCGGGGACGUCUGCGUCAGUAACAGGUGGCCGAGGCAGGAAAAAGAAAAAUGCUCAUACUCAUGCUCAUGGUCAAGGUCAAGGCACAAAUCAAUCAAACAUCCGCUUUACAACGCUAGAUUGGGAGACGGACGAGGUAACGCCUUCUCUCACUGGCUCUGGCGAGGCUCGUAGCUUCGAUGCUGUCGUUGCUUGUGACUGUGUGUACAACUACGCUCUCGUGGAGCCCUUUGUUCAGGCAUGUGCGGACGCAUGUCGUCUACGACUCUCGGAUACUGAUCUUGCAGAUGAUGAUGAGAGACGGCCGUGUAUCUGUGUCAUUGGGCAACAACUUCGCAGUGACGAAGUCUUUGAGUCGUGGCUCAAAGCAUUCACAGCCUUGUUCUGCGUCUGGAGAGUUUCUGAUAAUGCAUUACCUGAAGAACUACGGCCUUCAGCAGGCUUUGUCGUGCAUGUUGGUAUCCUUCGAGAUGAGCUGAUAAGAAAUGAAUGA